UACAGGUCUCUCGAAAUCCUCAUUGCUAUCAUCCUAGUAAUACUUUUCGCCAUCCGUUUCUGGACCACGUCUUCUUCCCGCCCACCCACGAAGGACUCCCAAGACGCCCGUACGGCCCUCCAAGCGCUCCAAACCGUCCUUGUCCCAAGUUGCUCUCUCUGGCCCGCGCGGUACAUCAAGCUCGUCAAACAUGCCUCCAAUCAUCGUACAGGAUCCAGGAUUGUUGUCCCUUUAAGCAUGCUCCUGCAGGACGUAUGCGAUGGCAUCAUCGAGCUUCGCGAUCCUCUAAACGACCUCGAGGACCUGAUAGAUCAGGGUAUCCGUGCGUAUGGCUGCUCUGUCAGUCUGAAAGUUGAGUGGAAGUGGUGGGUAGAAUGGUUGGAUCGAAUGUUACGCGUAAACGUCUCAGAUAUUGAAGAUAUGAAAAGCCACGACGGUGUUUAUUCUUCGAAUUUCGCAGUCACUAGCGCACAAUAUAUCGACGGACUGAUUCACCCACUCACAACAGCACCUCCGCCCUCCGCCGACCAUGGGAUCGUCAUCAACCUCAACAGCUAUCCGCUCAUGCACCUGGCUGCUAUCCAGCUUCCCAAAGAUUCCCGUACCACUUUGGAACUCACCUCCCUCUCCAACCACAUCUCCUUCCUCAGUACGAAGCACAUCCUCUGCCUCAUCCCCUUCCUGACCCACCGUCUCCCCAACUGCCUUUCCGAUGUUCUCGCAACAGUAAACGACACUCCACACUUCAAACUAUCGACCCUCACCAAUACAACAGCCGCAUACGCUGAUACGCUCGCCGCACUAUCAAGCAAGCUUACAUACAAUCCUAUAGCAAGACAACAGUGCGUCGACGAACUGGGUAUCAAAGAAUGGCGUAAACGGAGACUCAUGCUUGAGUUCGAGGCUGCUCUCGUGCGGAAAGGUUGGCUGGAGCAUUGGGACGUAGUCUUGGAAGUCUGUUGAUUGUAUGCGUUUGUCGUGAUUUUUCUUCCUUUCAGUCACUCUUGCACAAAAACGCAUCUCUGUUUCUCGUCGCUUCAAGUUGCACGCACUCAUUACAGCACAAAUCUUGUUGCUUACUUAGAAAUCGCAAAGUUACUAUGACUCGCAAAUGUUGUUAUAUUCAAC